GUGUAGGUUCCACAGUUUGCGACCAUCAGUGUGGUACACGCGCCAGCUAUAAACUGCAAACAAUUCGCGAGCUUUCAAUAAAUUUGUUGUGAUGAGUGCAAUGUGAACUGUUUGCCGAAUAUUGAACAAAGUUGCAAAGGAGCUAAUAUGGGUUGCAGCGCGCUUAUUUAUUCAUGGAGUUUGUCCUGGGUUAUCCUUCUUGCUUUCAACUCUCGACACACACAAGCAGGCUUAAUCCGGCAGACGCGCGAAGUUUACCCGGAAAUCCCGGAAUCCGGAAUCGACGAAUCCCAAGUCUGUUUCGUCGGAGACGUUGUUUACGCCUCCGGGGAGUCGGUUCCGGCCGACCAGCCCUGCCUCAAAUGCAAAUGCCGGCCGCCCGGAGUCCAUUGCGAGACGGUCCGGUGUGCCAAAAAGUCCGGGUGCAAGGCGGUGCAUCGGCCCAACAAGUGCUGCCCGGACUACGAGUGCGAAUGUUUGCACGAAAAUAAAGUUUACGCCAACGGCGAACGCCUGAAUUCGUCUUCGGGCAACGAAUGCAACGUUUGUUAUUGCCGAGGGGGCGAAAUUCAGUGCACUCAAGUCUCAUGCUACAUUCGGACAGAUUGCGAGGCUAAGACAGUGCCUGGACAAUGUUGCCCCAAAUACGACCAUUGCCCCCCGAUUGAAAACCGAGAAAAAAUCACCAUUCAGGAGAUAAUUCCUGAAAAAACGGACAACAACACGAACGAAGUGGAAGCCGAAUCGAGCGAAAUUUCCGAAGUUUUCCAACAACCGCCCUCAGUUCUACGAAUCGGGGAUAAAUUAUUAUUCCUGAAAAAGGGCGAACUGGUCCCUGAAAAAAACAUCACGACCCCAACCUCCGUUAUUACAGUGAUUGGGGCCGAAGGGCUCGAACGCGGGGUCGAAGAAAGUGGCGAAACGUCAGCGGCCGAAUCUUCGCAUAUUUUAUCGCUCGUGAAGCAGAAAAAACCGACUGAUUUUGGCGACAUUGAAGUUUAUACAGAGAGCGAAUUUGAGGCCGAAUCAACUUACGAUACUUUACUGAAGGAAAGUCCCGAAGUGGAAACGACAACGCGCGAAAAUCGGGAGGAAAACGCCACUUUCCCGCUCGACUUGCAACGUUCGAUGGAAAGUCUCGAAACGACCGAAGACAGUGGCGAAAACGCCAGUGUUAUAGAAACCGAGACAACAACCCAAAAUCUCUUGAAACAAGACGUUGAAUUGAUUAACACGACCGAAAUUUCGGCCAAAGUCAAGCGCGAAAACACUGAUUCCGUUUUCGCGGAGCUUGAGUUGGAGAUCAACUCCACUGAGCGCGUCCAAAGUGAAGACGACGCCAAAAACGAGUCCGAACGUAUUUUUAAAGAGCUUCUGGACGAGACUAGCACUCCGAAAACGCGGAAUAAAGACGAGAGUUUGGAGCGUAUUACUGACGCCAUCGCCAAGCUGACUCUAAAGGGCAAAAAGGGGGCUUUCGAGCAAAGUCCCAAUAUUUUAGGUGUGUUGUCGAAUUUUUUCACCGGGAAAAAAUGAAUGUUGCCAUUGUGUGUUUGUUGUUAUUACAUAUCAUGCUAGUGAAACGUAAUCAUGACUUUUUUUUAGAGUAUUUAUUUAUUAAUCAUGCAUUUUUAUGUUAGCUGUGUUAAUUUAUGUAAUUAUUACGGAAAAUAAAUGUUUUAUUAUGAAUUAAA